ACACCAAAAUCAUUGUGAAAUAUUGUCAGGACUCAAAUGUAAAUUGCUCAGGAAAAGGGUAAAAAAUGUUGUUCUAAAUGUAUCCACAAGAUCAAGUGAUGAUGACAUCUGUGAGAAAAAGAAAGGAAGUGAAAGACUCAAAGCAUUUCGCUUUUCUCAUUUCUCUUUUCGUUAGCAGCCCGUUGUUGUAGUAAAGUGAUUCCCUAUCAGUACGGCUGAGACAUUCUCUUGUCUGAAUGUUGUAGAAGUCACACAAAGAGGAGUCAACCAAAUUGAUCUCUGCUGUUCCACGCUGAGGGAGUCGCCGCAUUUUUCUGGCCCUAACUGAACAUCAGAUGGAAUCAAGUGAACAUUAGAGGCAGAUCCUGGGCAGCUUUAACAGGAAAAGAAGAAGAGGGUCGUGAGAAACAAGCACAGCAAACCUCCAAAUCUUUCACUCACCCAACCGUCCUGAUGGUUUGACAUGAGUAGUGAUGACGGGACAAGCGGAGAUGAAUAAGACAACUCGUCUCCUGUUUGUUCUGCUGCUCCUUCUUCAAGCCCGUACCAUCAGAAGUCAAAACUGUCCCAGCCUUCCAGUCAACAACCUCACUUGUUACAAUGACUACAAGCAGAACAUCACCUGUGUGUGGAACAGCACAUACAUGUCUGAUGACUGCAAAAUACAUGCUGAAUAUGCUACGGAAUAUUAUGCUAUCAGGUCUUCCUGUAGCCUCAAGCCUCUUGAUGUCUCCAGACCAGCCCUAAAGAAUUGCUCUAUGCUGCUUUCAAAGGACCCGGAUGCCUACAUGUUUCAAACAUUUCAGAAUUUUAAGAUGACUCUUACCUGUAACACUAUGAAGCAAAGUGUAAUCAUGUACUAUAUGCCAGUUUGUCACGUAAAGCUGGAUGCUCCGCCAAAACCAAACAUCAACUUAACCACUGUUUCCUGGUUGGCCCAAGUCACCAAGCAUCGCGAAAUCUAUGUUUUCAACACUGAGCUGCAGUGUAAAAAACAGAAUAGGCCAUGGACAGUAUGUGAUUGCAUUUUGCAGUGGAAUCUGAAUAAAGAUGUGUUCCAUUGCCAGCUGGAUAAUGAAACGCUGAUGAAAGGUGAGCGGUAUGAGGCACGCGUUCGUGUGCAGUCCGUUAUCAAUUCAAACCUGGGAGCCUGGAGUGACUGGAGUCCUACUGCAUCAUGGGUGUCAAGCGUAGGAAAGGAACCACAAGGUAUCGCUGUGGAUUUGUUACACUUUUACAUCGUAGCAGGAGUGGCGGUGUUUGCCUUGUUGUUGGUUUUUGUCAUCUCAAGGGCUGAAAAAACCUGGGUUUACAUGGUGAAGGGGAUCCCAAAGAUCCCAAACCCAGCAAAUUCCUUCCUGCAGGAUGCAAAGUUUGAGAGCUGGGUGAGUCCACACUUCACCAAAGAAUCCUUCCAUUCCUUCUGGAAACCAGUGGAUACCGUGUCUGUGGAGGUUACCUCCACUGUGGAUGUCGCCGCAUUCUGCAGGCCAGAUGAGAAGAUGAUGAGAAAUGAGAGCAGCUACGAGUCCACCAGCUCCAGCUUCUCCAACCCAAGUUACUCCAAUCUUUGUGCCCCUCCUCCUCCUGUUUCCUUGCACAGUGCAGGAAACCUGGAGCCCUGUGAUGCCGAUACACCUUACGGGCCCGUUGCUUGUCAAAGCGAAGGAACUAACACAGAAAAGGACAACAAUGAUGUGACAGAGAAAGAAAUGGAGAUUUUGAAGUUGCUUCCCAAAGGCAGCGGCGACAGUGAUCCAGUACAGGUGAUUUCAGAUUAUGAGAAGGUUGAGAAGGUCCAGGGCGAACGAUUCAGACUCUGGAGCCGAGAUUCAGGCAUGUGCAGUUGCGAAGAGGUCAUUCCAGAGAGCUUGGAGGCAGAUAGCAUCAAUGUGGCUGAAAGCCAUGAUCAGAUGCCUGAAGAAGAUAAGGAGAAGGAGGGAGGGCAUGGCAUAAAAGUGAAUAUUCUAAAGCUGCUUGGAAGCAGUGGAGCCAUUUUUGGCAAAGAGUCUAUUCAGGUCUGCUCUGAUUACGAGCGAGUCCAGGCUGUUCAUAGUCCAGAGGCUGACAGCCCAGAGCUUCCAAGCCUGGAUUCAGGUGUCAGCAGUGGGGGUGAGGAGCAGCUGAGUCAGGAGGAGAGCAUGGAGGAUGAUAAGUCCACUGAAUCUACACGCUUCCUCUUUCCUCCUCAUCCUUCCAGUGCCUUGCCAUGCUCCAUGCUCUCCAUGAAACAACUGCCUUUGAACUUCUCAGGGCCGGGUUUUAGUCCAGCCUUGAAACCGCAACAUGAUCAUAGACUUGAGGACAUUAUGCAGAUGUCAGGCAGCAGGUCAGUCGAGCCUUGUGCUGAUGGUUAUAUGCCAGUGAGACAGGAACAGAGCUGAGAGGAAACAGACACAGUCACUUACCGUCAUUUGACCAGAAACAGUAACCGCUGUGCAGUAAAGUAUGUAGCAGUGGACGGUUCCUCACAGCUGUCUCUUUGAUAUAAGCUUGCCUAAUAAAAAUACUUGAUGGUAGUUUUCAGGAUCAGAGAAAGUAGAUGUUUUGAUGAAUGUUAUAUUUUUUCAGUUAUUUCUAACAAGUAUUUAAAUGUAAAAUGAUACAGGUUUUAGUCACUGAAAGGUGUACACCCCCCGUCAAAAGUUUUAGGACACUGCCUCAUUCAAAUAAAGUAGAACCUGUCCUCCAACUUUUGACAGGGGGUGUAUUUCAUCAUAUGGAUGUGAUCAGGGCAGGACUCUGAUCAUACAUGUAAAGUUUCAGGCAGAUUGGAGCAUGUUCAGGGCAUUUACACAGCAUUUGAAAUUUCAUGGCGAAGGAUCAAAAUUCCAGAGGCCGCCACGGACACGCCCUUUGACUUUGGAAAAAGAUUUUAAUAACUUUGGAUCAUUGAGGCCUCCUGUAUGUACUGGCCCAAUUUGAGGUGAAUUGGAGUUUCCCUCUAGGAGGAGUUCACUCUAGAAAAAAAAUGAAAAAUGGGCAAAAUCUGACAUUCAAUGCAAAAUAUCUCACUUCCUGUUGGGUUUGGAAUGUGGCUGUCACUGACUUUUUUGUUCAGCCUGAUGUGCUGCACAUGUGUACCACAUUUAGUAGAUACACCCCCUGUCAAAAGUUGUAGGACAGGUUCUACUUUAGUUGAAUGAGAAAGUGUCCUAAAACUUCUGACAGGGGGUGUACUGUAUGUCUAUGGACUUGAGCACUUAAUAUCCCAGGAUUUACUUUUUGCUGCCUUACAUUUAUUGCAUGCUGGUAGAAAAACAUCCAUCGUUAUGCUGCUUAACCAAAUCUGAGCCGCUGCUACAGUAUCUGUAGAUUCCCCCAAAAGCUGAAUGCUUCACUUUUGCAUGCAACAAGUCUGACUGCUUCUGAUGCAGCUCCGUUACUGUAGACUGCCACCCAGUGUACCAAAUGUGCAUUACACGCACAAAACAAAAACCCCAAAACAAGCAAAUGACUCUUCCACAGGUGACUAGAAUGACCACUGUUUAGGUACUAUGACAUAUGUUUUUUUAUUAAUAUGUUUAUUGGGAAAUUUGACAUAAAAACUGCAGGACAGUUACAUUGGCCUUGUAUAUACAUGUACAUUUGAAGGGAAAAGAAAAUAUUUAAACCUAUCCAAGUCAUGUAACAUCGUAUCUAUACUAUUCGAAAUCUGUACAAUUUCUUACUGCACCAAAUUGUACUUCCCUUGGAGGUUUUUUAGUUUUUUGCAACAACAACUUAAAAAUAGAAACGUAAACAAUUAUAUAAAACUUGAUAAGAACAAUGAGAAAUAUAAGAGAAAGCAGACAAAGAAAAAGGUAGGCAGAAGAAAAGUGAAGAAAGAAAGCAGAGAGCGGGUGAGUGGGUGAAGGGGGGCCUUAUUCAAUUAAGAGGAGUUUAAAGAAUUAAAGUAGGCUAGAAAAGAGCCCCAUUUCUUUUGGAAAAUAUUCAUAUUACCUUUGACAGAAUGUCUGAUUUUUUCCAAUUUUAAAAAAGACAUUACCUCUCCAAGCCACUGAACACUGGAGGGAGAUGUAGUGGACUUCCAUUGUAAAAGAAGAUGGCGUCUUGCUAUUAGGGACGUAAAAGCUAAGACCUCCAAUUGUCUGUGACUGAAUCGAGUAUAAUAAAGAUGGCAAUGUGAGGGGAAGUAUUUACAGGAAUCAAAAGUAUUUUGGACAUUGAAUCAAAGUAAUUUUUCCAGAAAUUGAACAAAGAGGGGCAAGAAAAAAAACACGUGGGUUAAAUUACAGGGUGAAUAGUGACACCUAUCACAGUUAUCUGUAACGUCAGAAUAUAUUUGUGACAGUCUGGCUUUAGAAUAGUGAAUUCUAAAUAAUACUUUGAGUUGUAUGAGUGUUAUACGCGCACACGUUCAGCUUGUGCGAUGACACAUGAUUUUAACAACUAAUAAUUCAUGUGAUCAUUCAUUAGACACUUCAGUGACAUACUGACUGCAGAGAUAAGAAGAUGUCCUGUCAUGUUUUCAUACUGUGUCCUUGGGUAAUAUUGAGUGCAUACCUAAAUGUAAAUUGUAAUUUCGUUUCUGAAUAUAUUUCCAUAUUUCUUUCUUCCUCUUUCAGUGGCACAUUACUAGUUUCUUCGUUGUUUUCUAUUCAUGCAAUGUAAACAAUAAAUAAAUGUUGUUUUGAAAGAA